CCAAUUCUCUCCGGGGAGUGAGAAUGAGAGACACACACUCAUGCUUGUGCGAUGCUUUCCAUUCCUACUAGAAUCACCGUGUGCUCACAGGUUGCAGCGACGUCCCUUCGGCUGCUGGUCGUAAGCUUCGUCCCGCCUCUCUUGACGCCGUGAUUGCAUGUGCAGUGCACGCCAUUGUGAUCGAGUUUGUGGAGUGGGAUCACAUCGCCGGCUCCCUAGGACCCGUGACGAGAUACACCCAAUUUUGGAGUGUUUGAGAGCUGCAUUGGCUUGCGGGCGAACAUCGGGGCGUUUUGUUGCUCUUAGUUUUGUUGGUAAAGUUCUGAGAGGUUGCGGACAGGGUUCGGUUGAGGGGUUGAGUUAGGCUGCGGAUAUUUACCUUGGGUUGAACUUGGAGAACGCAGUCGUGGUUUUGCAAGUGGAAGGGAAGGGGAGUCUGGAGGAGUGAAUUGAAAGGUGAUGGCAAUCUUUUGAUGAGGUUUGUUUGAGGGGUUUGAGUGCAAGGGCCGGGGACCUUUUCAUGACGCGCUGCAGCGUGGGAAAGAAGGCGCAGGAGCUUCAGUGCAAGGCAGGGAUAUACUAGAAUAAAAGGUAGCUACACAUGUAGUGAAUGAGUGAAUCUUGGAAGAAGUGCGAGGAGGUUAGUGUGGAGGUUAUGUGCCAGGAGCGAUUGUAGCUUGUCCGUAGCGUGUUGAUAUUGACGAGAGAGAGAGAGAGAGAGAGAGAGAGAGAGAUAGCGUUGAUUUACAACGUACGUGCCACUCGAUGGCGUGAGAGCCAGUGGCGAUUGACUUCAUUAUCCUUGGAUGGGUGAGUAAGGAGUUGGUGGUCGUUUUGGAGAAAGUUUAAUUGAGCAUGACGAGCGUGGUGACCGAGGUCGUUUCGUGAAGACCUUUAGCAGCCUGCCAGACGAUCUUGAAAAUGUGCAAUCCUUGUCGAAGAUACUACCCGGCCAUCGAGGCUCCAGUUGUUUCACUCAACCUGGUCUCAACCGGCCAUCAUGGGUGAACGAUCACAUAGCAGCAGGUGGACGUCAAGCAGAUCUUCGAAACGAGGACAACUCUGGCGUGUCUAUUAAAACAUCUGUUAAGAAGGACAUCGUUUAUGAUUGCCACUCGGCUAAUUCUGUCUCAUCGGGACUGUUCUGCUUCUGCAAGCUCUUCAUAUCAUACUAAGAGUUUUUUGAGUCGAUUUGAAUUAGACAUUUCUCAGCAACGUACUUGGAAGGCGGGGUCCGAGUAUGAUGGUCACCAACAGGCAUUGCGAAAUAUCCCAAUAAGGGCGUCUUUGUUGAAAGGUGAAGCACAGACUACAAGUGUCCAUCAAACCAAUCUUUCAGGCAAUAAACCCUUUCCGAUUUUGCAUCAGUACUCUUCUUCAAACCACAGUGCAGGAUUUGGAUCUCGAGAGCCCCUGUGCAGCGUAAUGAAGAACAGUUAUGGCGUCAAAUUUAGAUCCCUCCAAGUUAGUGAGAAUCUGCCACACCAGCAAAAUUUGCAACAUCCAACCCAUGAUGCAAACAUGGCGGCAGCUGAUGCCCUUGCAACAACACCUGCAACAAGAAGGCUUCCACUCGCAGCGCAGCUCACUAUCUUCUACGCAGACAUGGUCAAUGUCUAUGAGGAUGUACCGUAUGACAAGGCUCAAGCUAUCAUGCUUCUAGCUAGUAGAGAGAGUCACUCUAAUUAUUUGAACCCUCUCGUAAGUUAUGGUGCUUCGGCACACCCUGGGGUUUGUAGCUUCGGUGCAAUGAGCCAGCCCAGGCUCAGGACCAGCUCUCCUGCCCCAUCGGCUUGUGCUGGGCGCCCACCACCAGGAGAUAUUCCCAUUGCAAUCCGGCGAACACCAACUCGAACAAUUGAACUCCCUCAAGCAAGAAAAGCAUCUUUAGCUCGAUUUCUGGAAAGGAGAAGAGAUAGAGCACGCACACGACCCUAUGCACAGAGAAAUGAAGCGUUAAGAAGAAUCCGUGAUGCAUCGCCUAGCCCGUCCUUGAGCACUGGCAGACCACCAGCACGUCCGCUCUCUCCUCCAGCAACAGAAAAUAAGAACGGUGAAUCGUCAAAUGCUAGUGGGGCUUCAACGACUGACAAUGAAGCGAACUCUCCACCACCUAUUCAACCAAGUCAAAGCAUGUCAGAAGACAAUCAAAUGCCGAGGAUUACGCAAACUCCCAAUGUGUUGCCAUCACCGAUUGCAGUAUUAUCGGAAUGCGAGGCUGUUGUCAGAUGACCAGAAGAAAUAGGUCAGGAUUAUACAAGAGACAAAGGCCAAUUAUUUUUUUGCUUUGUAGUUCCUUUGCACAGAUGCUGUAAACAUCAAACAGCACUAUUCUGGUCUCUAUUUUCUGUAUGCUGGCCAUCCAAAACGAUCGCCGAGUGGGGAUUUAUGACGUGUUUCUGACCUGAAAUUGUUAAUGGUUAAGGUUGCUCCUGUGUAGUAAUGA